AUGAGGACCAACCAGGUGAAUUUGAUGAUCGCCCUCGUCGCCGCCGUGCUCUUCAGCUUCUCCUGCUUCUCCAUCUCCAGGUUGACUCAAACCAGUAAUCAAUUAAUUAAUUGUAGAAACCAUAUUUCGGAGUUUAAGGAAAAUAUACUGCGUUUAAAAAACAAAACUGAAAAAAAUAAUGAAGAGCUGGUGGAAGCCCUGAAGCAAAUAAAGUAUGAAAAUACACAGAGAAAAAAUUCAAUGGAAUACUCAGUUGAGAAGACAAUGGGUACACUGAGUAAAAAUGAAGCAGUAUCUAAUACAUUUGAAGAAUUAAAGUUCUUUUUUCCUCAUCUAAAGAAAGAAAGCAGAAUUUAUCCUGAUGUAGUCAUAAGCAAAGGGAAAACAGGUGUUUCUUUUGCACUGGGUAUUUCCACUGUUAACAGAAGAAAUUAUACUUACCUGAAGCAAACACUGACCUCUGUUGUCUCCAGGAUGACACCUUCAGAAGAAAAGAACUGUGUGGUGAUCAUCUCUGUUGCAGAUAGUAAUAAAGAUUAUUUACAAUCUGUUGUUGACCUGAUUACAAAAAGAUUCAAAAGGCAAGUGAAGUCUGGUACCUUGGAGGUCAUUUCAGUACCUGUCUUUUUUUAUCCAAACACAUUAAAUGCCAAGCAAUCAACUGAGUUCUCACAAAAAUGGAAGAGUUGGCACACCAAACAGCUACUGGAUUUUUGCAUUUUGAUGCUAUAUGCCCAAUCCAAGGCCAUGUAUUAUUUACAGCUGGAAGAUGAUAUUAUAGCUAAAAAGAUGUACCUUACAAAAAUAAGGAAUUUUGUACAUAAUAUCACAUCACAUAAUUGGUUUUACAUUGAGUUUUCAACACUUGGAUUCAUAGGAAAGCUAUUUAGAUCUAAGGACUUACCUGAAUUUGUACGUUUCUUUUUAAUGUUUUACAAAGAGAAACCCAUAGACUUGCUCUUGGAAGACAUUUUUCAGGUGAAGAUGUGUCACCCAGGAGAGGCUCUUAGAAACUGUAAACAACGAAAAAAGAAAACCCAUAUUCUGUAUAAACCUUCUCUUUUCCAGCACGUGGGUACACAUUCAUCACUCCCUGGUAAAGAACAACAUUACAAAAGGGAAGAAUCCCUUUGUUUGUACAGAGAGCAAGGCGCUCAGAAGAGGAAAAGUCUCUGGACUAACAAGAAGGAAUUCCUUGCUACCCCCGAGCCGCGGCGCUCGGCUGCGAGGCGGCGCGGGGGCUCGGGGGCGCGGGGGCGCGGGGGCGCGGCUGCGCGGCGGUUGAGCCCCACGUGCAGGUGCGCGCGCGCCCCUGGCGCCUCCCGCAGCCGCCUCACCCUGCUUGCCGCCGCACGCGCCUGCGCAGUUAGGAGUCGCUGCUGCGCGGCCGGCAGCGGGAUUCGUCUGGGGAGACGCCGGGACCAAGUGGCAGCGAUUCGGUCAUCUGAGCUGCCGCUGCCGAAAACAGGCCCUCAAAACAGGUGCGUGAGCAGCAGGCCACCUUCCCGCGGCCCCUUGUGCUCAGGCUGGGGUGAGGCAUCGGAGUUGUGCCUGCGUCCCUCAGGGUGGGGACUCCUGGGCCACACCUCUUUAUUUUGCAGCCCGAACAGGCUAAACGGAUCGGGGCCAGGUGAAGGGCUGGAUAUUGAGUUUGGCGAUGGAGGUGCAGCGAGCGAGGGUCUUGGGUGGGCUUUGCCCGCCUUGUUGAUGCGAAGAAAGCCAGCGCUGGAUGGAGGGAGUCGAUGCCACCUCGGGCCAGCGGGGCUGCUGUGUCCACCUGCUGCUCUGGGGCUGGGGCAGGGGCAGGCGCGGAGACACCAGGAGCCCUGCCCAGCCCGGCCUCCCACUGCAGGCUUAUGGAGCCGCGGGGAGCCGAGUCCGUUAUUCCAGCGGUUGCCAUUUCCGCCUCGUUCCAAGCUCGGAGCCCGGAGCGCGCCCCCGAGGACUGGGGAGGGGUCUGGGGAGCGUCCAGGUUCUGCUGGUUCUGCUGCCUACGCCUCACAAAACCGCAAACGAAACCAAAAUAGGCUCGGUUUACUCAAUCCCACCUCUGUCUAG